CGACGCUGUCAACCAUGCGCGCCUGACGACUCGAUACGACAAUACAUCCACCCACGAUCCACCGCCGCAAUGCGCAUCACGGAGCUCAUCAUUGACGGCUUCAAGUCGUACGCCGUGCGCACUGUUAUCUCCGGCUGGGACCCCACCUUCAACGCCAUCACAGGACUGAACGGAUCCGGCAAGUCGAACAUACUGGACGCAAUAUGCUUCUGCUUGGGUAUCGGCAAGUUCGAGCUGCUGCGCGCAACGGGCGGCGCCAGCGAUUUGAUCUACAAGCGUGGACAGGCCGGCAUCACAAAGGCUUCGGUGACGCUGGUCUUUGACAACAGUGAUACCGCCAAAUCGCCCAUCGGCUUCGAGGAUGUGCCCAUCAUCAAUGUGACGAGGCAGAUCGUGCUAGGCGGCACGAGCAAGUACCUGAUCAAUGGACACCGAGCGCAGCAGCAGACGGUGCAGAACUUGUUCCAGAGUGUGCAGCUGAACAUCAACAACCCCAACUUCCUCAUCAUGCAGGGCAAGAUCACCAAGGUGCUGAACAUGAAAAGCACCGAGAUCUUGGGUAUGGUGGAAGAGGCAGCGGGUACGCGCAUGUUUGAGGACCGACGGGAGAAGGCUCUGAAGACGUUGGCAAAGAAGCAGACCAAGGUGGAAGAGCUCGAGGGUCUGCUGAAGGAAGAGAUUGAGCCCAAGCUGGAAAAGUUGCGUAGCGAGAAGCGCGCUUUCUUGGAGUUCCAGAGCACACAAAACGACCUGGAGCGGUUGACAAAGCUUGUGAUUGCCUACGACUACAUUCGGAGCAAGCAGAAGAUGGAGCAGAGCGCACAGGAUCUUGCUACCAAGAAGGAACGUGCUUCAGAAUUAGAGGACAGCGCGGAAAAGCUACAGCGGGAGAUUGGAGUGCUGGAGGAGGACAAGGAAAAGGUGCGAGCAGCGCGCGACAAGGAGCUGCGAAAGGGAGGCAAGUUUGCGAAGCUGGAAGAGGCCGUCAAGGAACAUUCCAUCGGCCUAGAGCGUUUAGAAACGAAGCUGGAGCUCAAGAAGGCGUCCAUGGCCGAGGAACAAGACCGCUUGCAGAAAGUGCAGAAGACUGUCGUGGAACUCGAGAAGCAAUUGGCGCAGAAGACGGAAGCUCAUCAGAAACUUCAACAGCAGUACGAGACCGCAAAUAAAGAGCUGGUCGAACAGAAGGCGGAAGUGGACAAAAAAGAGGAGCUGCUUCAGACAUUACAAACGGGAAUUUCUUCCAAUGCUGGUUCUGACGGUGGGUACGCUGGUCAACUGUCUGCUGCUCGUGAUAGUGCAUCGAAAGCAGGGACGGAGAUCGAGCAGUCGAAACUCAAAAUCAGCCAUCUCGAAGCCCGCAUCAAGGAGGACGAGCCACGCGCGAAAAAGGCCGAGAAGGAGAAUUCAGGGUUGCUCAAAGACCUGGGAUCCCUGCGAGCACAAGCCACGAAGCUACAGUCGCACCUCGACAAGCUUGGAUACCAACCCGGAAAAGAAGAAGAGCAGCAGCUGGAGAAGACGCAACUCGAGAAGCGCAUACGAGUAUUACAAAGCCAAGCUGAAGGUCUGCGGAGACAAGUCGCGGGUUUGGAGUUUUCAUAUUCAGACCCAGAGCCAAACUUUGAUCGGAGGCGUGUCAAAGGUCUGGUCGCACAACUUUUUCAGUUGCCAGAAGCUGCAACAGAGGCCAGUACGGCGCUUGAGAUUUGCGCCGGUGGUCGUUUGUACAACGUGGUUGUAGACUCUGCAAAGACCUCCUCUGCCCUGAUCGAAAAAGGCAAGCUCCGCAGACGAGUGGCAAUCGUGCCAUUAGACAAAAUCGAUGCUUCUCAAGCGGACUCGAAGAGAGUCAGUGCGGCCAAGCAGCUGUGUCCCGGAAACGUGCAUCUGGCAAUCAACCUGAUCGGCUACGAGCACGAAGUGGAGAAAGCAAUGGAGUAUGUCUUUGGGAACACCCUGGUCUGCGCAGAUGCUGCCACUGCUAAAAAGGUCACCUUCGACCCUGCUGUGCGAAUGCAAAGCGUGACUGUCGAAGGCGACACCUAUAAUCCGAGCGGUACGCUGUCAGGUGGAUCUGCAGCGUCCGGGAGCGGUGUGCUGCUAAAGCUUCAGAAGUUGAACAUCAUCACGCAAGAGCUGGAGUCGGAACAGGCGAAGCUCACUGCUCUCGAGGACUCUAUGGCGCGCGAUGCACAAAAAUUGAAAUCUGCGCGACAAUCGAAGCAGGAGUUGGACCUGAAGACUCAUGAGAUUCAGCUUGCAGAGUCCCAGAUUGCGAGCAAUUCCUCGAGUAGCAUCAUCGCAUCAGUCCAAGAGAUGAAAGCAACCGUAGCUGCACUGAAGAGCAAUAUCAUUGAUGCCCAAUCCCGUCAAACCGAAGCCAAUGCUGAAGUGAAGCGCGUUGAGAAGGACAUGAAGGACUUUUCUUCGAACAAGGGCGCGAAACUGGAACAGCUGCAGACUGAGCUUGACAAGCUCAGGAAGGCCCUUACGAAGACGCAGGCCUCAAUAAAGCCUCUGCAGCAAGAAGUUCGCAAUGCGAGCAUUGACGCUGAGCAGACUGGCGGUGAUCUCUCCGCCGCGCAAGAAGAACUCCAUGACGCCGAGACCACGCUCAAAGGCCAGCAAGAGGAGCUGGCUAUGGAUGAAAACGAGCAGAAGCAGAUACGUGAUCAGCAUGCACAAGCCGAGGCCGCACUCAACGAUGAAAGAAGAAAGCUGAGCUCGUUUGACGACGAGAUUGCUGACCUGGACCGCGCCGCGAAGCGUAAGAAUCAGCAGAUCUCGGAUGAAAAGAUUGAAGCGCAGAAGCUCGGCCAUGCCAUCGACAAUUUCGCCAAGGUCCAGCUAGGGGCACAGCAAGCCGUGGCAAAUCUCGAAAAGGAGUACGAGUGGAUUCUCGAGGAGCAAUCGUCCUUUGGCCGCGCAAACACGCCGUACAAUUUCCACGACCAGAACAUGUCGGAAUGCCGAUCGAACCUCAAGAACGUCACGGAACGCUUCACGGGCAUGAAGAAGAAAAUCAACCCUGCCGUCAUGGCCACGAUCGAUAGCGUGGAGAAGAAAGAGCGAGACCUGAAGAACAUGAUGCGCACCGUAAUUCGAGACAAGAAGAAGAUUGAAGAGACCAUCAUCACUCUGGACGAAUACAAGAAAGAAGCUCUGUUCAAGACGUGGUCCAAAGUCAACGAGGACUUCGGCCUCAUCUUCAAUGACCUGUUACCGGGCAACACCGCCAAACUGGAUCCUCCCGAAGGCAAGGAAAUCAGCGACGGUCUGGAAGUCAAAGUGUGCCUGGGCAAGGUGUGGAAGCAGUCGCUCACGGAAUUAUCGGGAGGGCAGAGAUCGCUCAUUGCCCUCUCCCUCAUCCUCUCGCUGUUGCAAUACUCACCCGCGCCCAUGUACAUUCUGGAUGAAGUCGACGCGGCGUUGGACCUCUCCCACACGCAGAACAUUGGCCGACUGAUCCGGACGCGCUUCCGAGGCAGCCAAUUUAUUGUUGUGUCGUUGAAAGAUGGCAUGUUUGGAAAUGCCAAUCGCAUCUUCCGAACGAGGUUCAUGGAUGGCACCUCGGUGGUGCAGGCAUUGACGCCAGCUGAUAUGAAAUGAUGAAGUGCUAGUGGAUUGGAGUUGAUUGGUAUACCUCGGGGACAAAGCCAUGUUUUGGCGUUGAAUGACAUUGGAAUGUUCAUAUCUCGUAGUCUAGUCUUAUUCAAAGUUCGACCUGUCGUCGCUGGGGGGAGGGGCAUCGCAAGCUCAUUAUGGAAAUCCCCGACAAGCGCUGAACUGCACAGAAUUGAUCCGUUGUACUGCUGCU